AUGCCAAACUUACUUCGCAGCAUACAUCGCGGAUCAUACUACUACGCCAAACAUUCACGCACACCACUGGAACCUCGCCAGGAGCACAAAUACGGGCCAGACGAUGGCGGCACCAGGUCCAAGCAUGUAGGCUUGUAUCUGGGCCUCGUCCUGGUGUUCGUCGUCCUCACACUCGCAAUCCUCCUGCUACCAAGCAAGAUCCGAUCCCUCAGACAACGUCGAGCGAAGCGAGCCCGCGGCCAAGGCAUGCACCUUCGCGAACGCUCUCUCCGCAAGCAGCGCCCCAUCCCAGGCAAGGAUGCUCCGGGUUUCUCCUCUCCAUUUGACGACGAGCAUCAGGUCGGCCGGGUGUACUCAUGGAAUGAACCGGCAAAGCCAGAGAGUACGUAUCGCCGACCUUCCAUUCGGCCCGUCUCUGGUGAGACCGAGCCGGAGGGGUAUGGGGAGCUGCAGUCUGCGGCUGGAGUCGGACGAGGGUCGCGGUAUGAGAAUGGAGGCCAGGAUAGAGAUGGAUUCGAGAAGGCUCCUCAGAAUGGUUUCCCGUCGCCUGGAGCGUACUUCUCAGGUCGUUGA